AAAAUUUUCACUGUCAACAUAACAAAAUCAGCCGAGGUGGCGUGAUAUUACGUGUAUUUAUGUGGAGCAUUUUUCAUUCUUGUUUAUCGCAAAAGUUUCACAUUUCGCUUGCUAAAAAUAUGCCACUGUCCAUUUCCGGGGGUGAACGGGCUGAUAGUGAGUGAAAAAAUCAUGAACGCCUGGAAAUCAAUUGGCAGCCGAUUGCCAAUAGUUGCCAGCAAGUUGCGUUUCAUUUCGGCAGCUGAAACAAUUCCUGAACACCAGGAUCAAGUACUUCAAAGACAACCAAAGCGCUCGAACCAAUCCCAAACGCGACAUGCUAUUUUGGAUCUCCGCCGGAAGGCCAUUCCCAUCGAACGACAACGGCAGGUUUUACAUGAUUUGGUCUCCAAGCUGGAGCAAUCCCCAUCGGAGAAGGCUUUUGCCAUCGAGGAAGGAGCCAUCGAUUUACUACGAAUACUUGAGCAGGGCACUGAUCAGCAAAUAGUGGAGCAAGCACGCCUCGGCUUGGCCCUUCUGGGUUACGUUCCUCCACCACCGGGCCCUGGUCUUCGAAUUCUCAGCCUCGAUGGAGGUGGAGUCCGGGGAAUCAUCAUUAUGGAGCUGUUGAGACGUCUUGAAAAGUUAACCGGCAAAAAGAUAUUUGACCUGUUCGAUAUGGUUUGUGGCGUAUCGACUGGGGCCAUUCUGGUGUGUGCUUUAGCUGGCGAGAAAGAGCUCACCAUGGACGAAGGCAUUCGGCGGUACAAGAACAUUAGCGUUGAAAUGUUCCACAAACCGUCGACGCUGGACAAGAUAACGGGAGCCUCCCGGCUGGUUUCAACGCACGCCUAUUACGAUGCCGAACUGUGGGAGACGCUGCUGAAGCGAUACAUCAGCCAUGCUCGAAUCAUCGAUACCUCCAAGUCGACCCAUUGCCCAAAGGUAUGUUGCGUCUCCACCACAAUCUGUGAUAAAUACAUCGACGCCCAUGUGUUCCGGAAUUACGCGUUCCCACUGAAUGUGCAGUCCGUCUAUCAGGGCAGUCACAACGCCCGGCUAUGGGAAGUGGUGCGGGCAUCCUCGGCUGCUCCAGCCUAUUUCGGGGACUUCCAGCUGGAGGGUCAACUGCACCAGGACGGCGGAGUCUUGUACAACAACCCAACGACGGUGGCCAUCCACGAGGCCAAAUGUCUGUGGCCAAACGAGCGGAUCCAGUGUGUGGUUUCGUUUGGUACCGGUCGAACCCGAAACCGGGAGUGGUUCGAUGGGCAGAAAAUAGUUAGUCGAAAGGUGCUGGACCAGGUCGCUCUUUCCAGUUCCUGGAAGACCAAGUUCUUGCGCAUCCUAGAUUCCGCAACCGACACCGAAGCAACUCACACCAUCCUCAGUGAUUUGCUGCCUCCAGGGCGUUACUUCCGCUUCAACCCGUACCUUACCGAAUUCCUAUCGAUGGUGGAGGUCCGUCCGGAGAAGAUUGCCCAGCUCGAGCAGGACACGGCCGAGUACUUUAAACGUAACGAGGACAAAUUCGAACUGGUUGCGGACCUGUUGACCCAGGGCCGUGGAGUGGUCCAAAAGACGAUCGAUAUCGCACGAGACACCUUCAGAUAGAGCCGCCCCUGAUCUCUGCCUUCCUCUGUUUCUAGUCAGGAAAACGAGAUUUGAACUAGUAAUUAUCUUCUAUGUUUUAAACAGUCAGUUUACCAGAAAUGUCGACAGGUAUUACGUUGAGUGUAUUUAGAUAUAAUCUUUAACUUUUGAAUAACGUGACGCUCGAAGAGGAAUAAGUUAAGCAUAACAUUGGAAUAUUUUUAAAGUAUGACUAUCGCUGUUGUUGUAUAUGUAUAUUCAACCACUUAUUUGUUUGACGAAGUUUAUGGAAAAUUUGUGAACUUUUUCUUUAAUUCACAUAGUUUUUUACUCAGGAAUACAUCAAUCCAACAAACCCAAUGUUGUUGAAAAAACGUGCAGCAUUUUCAUUAAUCUGAAGAAAAAAAAAGUGUUAUUUGUUUCUAAUGGACAACUACUAACUGAGAACACAACUUGUUAUAAGUUUAACAGUUUAUUAACUAAUGGAUAAAGUUUACAACCUAGUGCUUGCUUUUAUAGUGAGUCGAGAAAGACAUGAUUGCUAUGAUAAAUUCAAAUUCAAAUUAAGAUUGCUGUGAUCGGUUUUCGUCUCAACUUCAACACUCCUCCUAGACGAAAGCAAUCAGACCAAUCUCCUUAGCUAAAUAGUCUAUUCUAAUACCCGGUAAGGGUUUCGUCAAAAUAUCUGCUAUCAUGUUUUCUGAUGGACAGUAGAUACAUGAUAUUUCGCCUUGCUUCAUCUGGUCCCUGGUGAAAUGAAUUCGAGCAGCAAUGUGCUUAGUCCUGCUGCUAAAUUUUUCCGACUCGAUGAUCUUCAAGGCGCUUUGAUUAUCACCAAAUAUCGAGACAGCUUUCACCUCCUCGUUCAAAUCGCUCAUCAGUUGCAUCAGCCACAAUGCUUCCUGUGUAGCCUGCGAGAGAGCGAUGAAUUCCGCUUCAGCCGUCGAGAGGGAAACACAGGUUUGUUUUCGGUACGCCCAGCUCACCGUUCCACCAUGCACCAUGAAUACAAAGCCGCUGUUGGACUUUCGAUCGUCUCGAUUCUCGGCCCAAUCUGCAUCCGUGUAGCCGACAACACCUUCUGGUCCACUGCAGUUGGAUAAACGAAGUCGGUAUUGAAUCGUCCCUUUCAAAUACCUCACCAAACGUUUUAGCUCGUUCCAGUCGACUUGGGAUGGGCUACUUGUUUUCCGGCUCAGGAUCGAAACAGCAGUCGCAAUGUCCGGACGACUAUUGACCGCGACGUAGAGAAGCUUACCAAUAAGCUUCUGGUACUCCUUGUUGUCCGGAAGUGGGUCACCUUUAUUCGCCUGCUUGACGUAGCCUGGAUCAAGUGGAACCUUGGACACCUUCGCAUCGCCUAAACCACUAUCGACAAUAACCUCGUUGAUGUACCGACGCUGAUUCAGAAAAUAAUCUCCGCCUUUCUUUUCUAUUUCUAGACCUAGGAAAUAGUGAAUAUCACCCAGAGCGCACACUUCGAAGGACUUCUGAAGUAUUCCGAUUAGAACGUCGAUCAUCUCAGCAUCUUGGCUUGCCACCACCAGGUCGUCCACGUACACCAGAACGUAGCACCAAAGCUUGUUGUGGCACUUCCGGUACAAGCAUGGAUCCGAUUUGCACCGUUGAUAGCCAGAUUUCUCCAAAACAUCGUGCAGCUUCUGAUUCCAGGAACGAGCCGCCUGCUUCAGUCCGUACAGGCUUUUCUGGAGACGACAGACCUUGCCUUCGCUGCCCUUCACGGUGUACCCACACGGCUGCUUCAUAAACAACUCCUCCUCAAGGUCACCGUAGAGAAAAGCCGUUUUGAUGUCGAAUUGUUUCACUGUCAUGUUUCGUCUCGCUGCCACCGCCAUCAACGUACGGAACGUAUUUUGCCGGACCACCGGCGCGAAGACCUCUUCAUAGUCCGUACCAAAUUGCUGACUAAAGCCCUGCACAACAAGACGCGCCUUGUACCGGAUGACGUUUCCAGCUGCAUCUCGUUUCACCGCAUAGACCCACUUACAGCCGAUCGCUUUUCGGCCAGGUGGUAGGUCAACCAACGCCCAGGUGCCAUUCGUUCGGAUGGAUGCCAGUUCUUCAUCCAUAGCCAUCUUCCAGUUCGCAGCAUACGGUGAGGCCAACGCUUCUUUGUAGGUCUUAGGUGCCUCACACUGCUCCAGAGUUCGCCCAGAAACAGCAGCUGUGCCACUGAAGCCAGCUUCUGGCUCACUGUUGGUAGCACCAGCGCUCGGAACAAUCGGUUGGUUCUGUGAAGAAUGGGAAACGAAAAUACCUUUGCCCUUCAUUUGAUAAUCUGCAUACUUGCCUGGAAGUCUGUGCUCCCGACCGCUGCGCCUCAACACCUGUGACCAAGGUGGAUUUGAGUUGUUUUGCGGAGGGAGCACGGUCACAUCAGUUACGGUGUCAGUUGAAGUAUUUCCAUCUGCAGAUUCGUAAUCGGUUUCUUCAACAUCGCUAACCGAAACGACAUCAUCGUCCGGUUCACCAACGACAGCAACAUCAUCAGCAUCGCCCUGGUCUUCGGAAAAAGUUACUGGGAUAACUGGAACGCUUGAACCCUCGUUGCUCGUCGUAGGAUUUGUUAUUGGAUUAUCAGGAACGCUUGAACCCUCGUUGAUAAAGGACACCUCUCUGCUUUUCUCGAUGCACCUCGUUUUCACAUCGACAAUUCGGAAGCCCUUGCCCCCAACAAGGAUGCACUCACGUGAUUUCGGGUCCCACUUCUUGCGCUUUUGUUUCGGUACCUGCACCAUUGCCUUCGUACCAAAGACUCUCACGUGCGAUAGAUCAGGUUUCCUGCCACUCCAUGCCUCUUCCGGUGUCAAAUCAUGGCCUCGAGUGGGAGACCUAUUGAUGAGGUAAACCGCCGUCGACACUGCUUCGGCCCAAAACUUCUUGUCAAGAUUUGCCUCGUACAACAUACACCUGGCUCGUUCAACUAUGGUUCUGUUCGCUCUUUCGGCAAGCCCGUUCUGCUCAGGAGUAUAGUCGUUCGUUGUCUGAUGACGUACACCCAAACCUUUCAGAUACUGCUGGAACGCGGUGUUGGUGUAUUCGUUGCCGUUAUCGGUCCUCAAAAUUUUCAUUUUUCGACCGCACUGCCGUUCUGCCAUCGAAUGAAACGCCUUGAAACACUUCAGCACCUCGUCAGCCGAUUUCGUUUUAAGAAAAUAAACGAAAAUCCGCCGAGACUUGUCAUCGAUGAAUGUGAUGUAGUAUCGGUUUCCUCCUAGAGAACACUCUUCCAUCGGACCGCCGAUGUCCGAAUGAAUCACCUCCAGCAACUUUUGCGCCCUCGAACCUUGCUUGCUGAAUGGGAGCUUUGUCUGUUUCCCUUUAGCACACGUGGCACAGUCACCGAAAUCACCUGGCUCAAGCACCACACCAUCUACAACACCGUUGGCCAAUUUCUUCACGUUGGCCACUCCGAGUUGACCCAUUCGCUUAUGCCACGUUUCCAACGACACUUUCGAAGCACCAACCAUCGCCACACCAGAAACAUCAUGCUGGUCCAACUUGAAUAAUUCGUUCUUGAUGCUUCCGGUUGCCACAAGCUGUUUGUCCUGGUUCAAAAUUCGACACCCUUCGUUGUUGAACGUCACCGAAUAACCACGUUUCACAAUUUGCACAACAGACAGCAAAUUCGCCGAUAGUUCUGGAAUGAACUGGACAUCAUGGACCGGAACCGCAGUUCGUUUCUCUUGACACCUCGGGUAGAGUUUCGUCGUUCCGCUCGCCUUGAUUUGCAUCGAACCGUUAUUAGCUGCAACCACCGUCCCGUGAGAGCUUCGCACUUCUUCCAACACCUCCAUGCUGUUCGUCAUGUGCCUCGUUGCGCCCGAGUCAAGGUACCAACCACGUGUCUUUUCCAGGGGGAAAGCAGACAGCACCGUACAAAACGCCUCGCCGCUUUUCUUCGUAGCAGGACAGAAUUUUGCAAUAUGGCCUACUUUAUUGCAACGAUGACACUUUAACUUGGAAUGCGUAUUUUUCUGUUUGGCGUUGACAUGGUAACCGUUUUUCUUGUCGAAACGUCCCUUGGCUACCAGCGCUGUUUUGUUCCCUGGCAACGACUCCUCCUGCAGCAAAAUGGUCUUGAUCGAAUCUCCGGUUAUCGGUGUUCCGGAAUUUUUCAAUGCCAUGACCAUUGGUUGAAAACUUUCCGGCAAACCAGCCAGCAACAGCACACCGCCCAGCAAACAUGAAAUCGCAUUACAAAUGAUGACUCAAGUCAUUAAAAACGUUACUGCGAAUCGUAUUUCUAACUUACGCAAAUAAAAUGUCGUAAAAAUCGUUACUCGAAGUCGUAUUAAAUGGUUUAAAUCGGAUAUGAUAAAAAAUCCGCCAUGUUUGCAGAUUUUGAAGACGAUUUCGUUCCUUUUUUUCUCUCGCGUGGGUCAAAAGAGAGAAUAGCUUUGUUGUUCUCUUUGCGACCAGCAUUGCAACCAGAUUGCUAAAAAUCAGAUGGUUUAUUUGCAAGAAUUGCCCAAUGACAGAGGCAGCAAAUAUUGUCGCUGGCAACAGUUCGCAUGCGUUGAGAGAAAAAAAACUUGUGCUCUCUUGCAUUCUUUCAGUAUGUAUGAAUAUGGUGUCGAAAUCGUAUACUCUUAUCGCUUUAGCCAGAAGUUGAAAAUUUGUAUGUAUAAUGCCUCCACUUUGGUAGGUAAAUGCUGUUUUUUCGUGUUUCAUACGAUCAUUCUAUAAUGUAUAUGAAACGUAUAAUAAAAUUGUUGAGAAAUAUACCUACAAAAAUGUUUGCUGGGCGACAAACCUCUCCGGAAUGGGGAAACCAAUUUCGGUCAAUUGGUGACACGUGGAUAUCAUCUGGUUGGCGUAAUUUUCCAUCGUACCGCAGCUUUCCAGAUCGGUCCGAAUCAGCUUGUACAGCAAUCCCACUUCCCUCGUGAGACCUGUUUCCUCGAAAGCAUCACAAAGCUUCAUCCACACCUCCCGAGCUGUGGCUGCUUCCCGCACGUGGUAAUAAUUCACGGGUGCCAAGAACAAGAUAAUUUUGCCUCGGGCUUUCCUGUCCUUCAUCGAGUCAACCGCUUCCACUGUCCCAUCCGGUUCCGCUUUCGGUUCCACCGCUUCCCAUAGGUCCUCGACUUCCAAGUAAGUUUGAACUGCAAACUUCCAAGUGGUCCAAUUCUCCCGUCCUACUAGACGCUCGAUUCCAGGAUUCGCGUUCGUGGCCAUUGCUUCAAAUUACUGGGCCCAUAACCUAAUGGACAACUACUAACUGAGAACACAACUUGUUAUAAGUUUAACAGUUUAUUAACUAAUGGAUAAAGUUUACAAUCUAGUGCUUGCUUUUAAAGUGAGUCGAGAAAGACAUGAUUGCUAUGAUAAAUUCAAAUUCAAAUUAAGAUUGCUGUGAUCGGUUUUCGUCUCAACUUCAACAGUUUCUCUAUAUUGGUUAAAAACAAAAAAGGAGUUUUGCUUCAGAAAAAAACAUCAUAUGUUCCAUAAUUUCUUCAGAGCCCAAGGCCAGGCAGAUAAACUCAGUGUAUCGGAAACUUUUUUCACAGCACAUGUGAAUCCGUUCUCUGUGUCUAGAUGAAAUCCGCUCUUCUAAUAUGUGUAUUGGAAAUCAAGGCUAAAACAGCUAAAC